CUCUUCGGGUCAUGUUGUCCGCGCGGCUGGAGAGCUGCCCGCGUGUCACCUUCAGCGGAGCGACGGCUCCGCCCAGAGGACCCGAGGAGGCGUGUCCUCACAAGCUGGGCUCGACCAAUCACCUUCGACUUCUCCUCUACAUCCUGGUUCCUACAGCCAGUCUGCUGGCUGCUCUGCUGCUGCUCAGCCUCACACUCACAGGUAUAUUUGGCAGCAGCCUCCUGAGCUUCGGCCCCCCUCCCCUCCCCGAGCCCAUCGCCGACAGCGACCCUGGCUACCGUGGCAACAGCACAAACCCCUCCCCCUUCUCUGACACGGGAAACGCCACCGAUUCGCUGCCACGAAACCACGACGACGACGACAUCACACACUACCAGAGCGCCAGCACACCUGCUGCUACCGCCGGCGUUCCUCCAAGCUCCGCCUCCUCCUCCGCCUCACAGGCCACGCCCACCCAGCCCAUCACGACGCCCCCUGAUUGGCUGACCUCGGUGACAUCACUGAGCAGCACCUGGCCGAUCAGCAGCACCUCAGCGCCGGACUCAGGCCGCUGUCAGCUGAUCGUGGAGCCUCAGUGUCACAUGCUGCCCUACAACCAAACAUGGCUGUCCUCCUCCGUCGCCGUGGUGAAGAGCUCCGAGGUCGACAUGUUGCUACGGUUCUUCAACUACCUCAGCAGACUCUCCUGUUACAGACACAUCAUGCUCUUCGGAUGCUCGCUGGCGCUCCCUGAAUGCAUCGCCACCGACAGCACGCACAACAGGCGGGUCGUGCUGCCCUGCGCGUCGUUCUGCGAGGCGGCGAGGGAAGGCUGUGAGCCCGUCCUCCAGAUGUUCAACGCCUCCUGGCCCGAGUUCCUGCGCUGCUCGCAGUUCAGCAACGUCACCUUCGCUCCGUCGACACCAUCAUCAUCAUCAUCAUCAUCAUCAUCAUCGCCAUCAUCACCGACGGCAACAGCAGUCCCCGCCCCUCACGCCUGUUACACGCCGAGACAGAUCAAAGGGAAACCCUCUGUGUGCGGCGGGAAGCACAACUUCCUGUGCGCGACUGGGAUUUGCGUCCCUCAGAAGCUGGUUUGUAACGGGUACAACGACUGUGACGACUGGAGCGACGAGACACACUGCGUUUGUACAGAUGGAGAGUUUCGGUGCAGCACCGGUCGGUGUCUCUCGCCCGCUCUGGUCUGCGACGGUUACGACGACUGUGGAGACCUGAGCGACGAACUCAGCUGUGUGUGUGAUCUGACCCGUGAACAUCGCUGUGGCGACGGUCGCUGUGUGUCCAGAGACUGGCUGUGUGACGGAGACCACGACUGCCUGGACAAGAGCGACGAGCUCAACUGCUCCUGUAAGAGUCAGGGUCUGCUGGAGUGCAGUAACGGUCAGUGUGUUCCGUCUGCGUUUCGAUGUGACGGAGAGGACGACUGCAAAGACGGCAGCGACGAGGAGCACUGCAGCCGAGAGCAGACUCAGGGUGUGUGUCCUCCCGGUCAGCCGAGCUGCAUCUCCACUUCCUGUCCGUCGGUGUGUGCGGGGGGAGGGGCCACCUGUGACCCCCGAACCAACAACAACAACAACUGCACCCGCUGUGAGCCCAUCACCCUGGAGCUCUGCAUGAACCUCCCCUACAACCUGACCAGCUUCCCCAACUUCCUGGGUCACCUCUCCCAGAGAGAGAGCUCCGUGUCCUGGGAGUCCUCUCUGUUCCCGGCUCUGGUCCAGACCGGCUGCUACCAGUACCUCAUGUUCUACGCCUGCACGCUGCUGGUCCCCAAGUGUGACCCGCUCAGCCUGCAGAGGGUCCCGCCCUGCAGGUCGUUGUGUCGUAAUGCAAAGGAGAAGUGUGAGUCGGUGCUCGGCAUUGUGGGAUUGCAGUGGCCCGAGGACGCUGACUGUAGUCAGUUUCCAGAGGAGGGAGGAAACUCUACCUGUCUGCUGCCGGAGGACGGAGUGGACGAGUGCUCCCCCAGCCACUUCAAGUGCCGGUCCGGUCGCUGCGUCCUGGCGACCAAACGCUGUGACGGACACCUGGACUGUGACGACCACAGCGACGAGGACAACUGUGGCUGUUCUGAGCGCGCUCUGUGGGAGUGUCCCGGCAGUAAAGUGUGUAUCAAAGCCAGUAUGAUCUGUGACGGGUUCCCAGACUGCCCCCUGCUGGUGGACGAGGCCAACUGCUCGGUGUGCAGAGAUAACGAGCUCUCCUGUAACAACCAUCAGUGCGUCCAUCGGACUCUGUGGUGUGACGGGAAGAAACACUGUUCAGACAGUUCUGACGAGUGGAACUGUGUGUCUCUGUCCGAUCAAUCGGGUUCCGUAUUGACGGUGUUCAGGACGGCAGCAGAGUAUCAGGUCUGUGCAGACGAGUGGAACCACGAGCUCAGCAAACUGACCUGCAACCAGCUGGGACUAGGAGUUCCCUCCUCUGUUUCCAUGGUACCCGACCACCCUGGCGUCCCGGGCCGUCGCCGUUGGUUACACGUCCAUCCCGAGUGGAACCUGAGGAACGGAUCUGCUCUGCAGGCCCGACUGGAGAAGAGAAGUCAUGCGUGUCAUUCCAGGAGGAGAGUAUCACUGCUGUGUACCAGAGAAGACUGCGGGCUACGCCCUUCGUUGGGCGUCUUCCCCCACCGGCAGAAGAGGAUUCUGGGAGGUCGUGUCUCUCGUCGGGGGGCGUGGCCUUGGCAGUGCUCGCUGCAGAGCGGACAGAGCGGUCACGUCUGCGGCUGCGUCCUCAUCGACCGGCGGUGGGCUCUGACCGUCGCCCACUGCUUCGAGGGGAGGGAGAGCGCCGAGCUGUGGAAGGUGGUUCUGGGUCUCAACAACCUGGACCACCCGGGAGUCCACAGUCAGAGCCGCGGGGUGCGUUCCAUUAUCGUGCAUCCGCGAUACAACCGGGCGGUGGUGGACUACGACAUCAGCGUGGUGCAGCUGGACUCUGAGAUCGAGGAGACGCCGUUCGUCAGGCCGGUGUGUCUACCUGAACCCGACCAGCUUCCUUCUCCUGACUCCUACUGUUACAUCACAGGAUGGGGUCACAUGGGCAACAGGAUGCCCUUCAAGCUGCAGGAAGGAGAAGUUCGGAUCAUCUCGCUGUCUCAGUGUCAGUCUUACUUCGACAUGAAGACCAUCACUCCCAGGAUGCUUUGCGCCGGUUACGAUGCAGGAACCGUCGACUCCUGCAUGGGCGACAGCGGCGGCCCGUUGGUGUGCGAGGAGGUCACCGGUCGCUGGACGUUGUUCGGCCUGACGUCGUGGGGCAGCGUUUGCUUCAGUAAAGUGCUCGGACCCGGCGUUUACAGCAACGUGACGCACUUCACCACAUGGAUCCAACAACAGAUCUACAUCCACACAUACCUGACCGACUGACACACUCACACACACACCUUCUGUUCCUCUACCUGUGCCUAUAUCUAUACUGACAGCCUUCAGAUGCCAACUGCUGUAUGAGCAGUUGUAUUAACUCGUAUUACAGAUGCUAACUAGUUAGCUAAUAGAGCUGCAAGUAGACUUCACAUUCAUACAAUAAAACAUUCACUAAAUAAUGAUGACUUUUAGUAGUCUACAGGUUUAUUGCUCAGAAACAUGUAUGGAAGAAUUUGAAUCUAAUAAACCACUA